UACUGGUAAAGAUAAACAGCCGAGCCGAGGAGCCUCUGAGCCAGAUGAACAUGGCGGCUCCGGUCCAGGACGCCGCUGCCGCUCCGUCCCGCUGACCUACAUCUCCCCGACGACAUCCCGCACGUCAGGCACCCACGGUCUCCCAAACUCUCAGAGAUAACUGAAUGAUGUUGCCAUAUCUUUAUGGAUGUUUACCCAUGAUGCUUUGCAAAUCAGGUGCUGAUAUCUGCUGAAGAUGAGUACUGGGAGGGGGGACACCCCAGAGCCCCCCAGAGGGGGAGACUCUCUGAAGAGGAAGGACUGUCAGUCAGACCUCCUGGGGCCCAGCCCUAAGAGGAGCACUGAGAGGAGAAACCGGGAGCAGGAGAACAAGUACAUCGAGGAACUGGCAGAGCUGAUCUUUGCCAACAUCAACGACAUGGACGACCUUAACGUCAAGCCGGACAAAUGUGCCAUCCUCAAGGAGACGGUGAAGCAGAUCAGGCAGAUCAAGGAGCAGGAAAAGGCUCCGGUGGCCGAUGCAGAGGAGGUGCAGCAAGCAGACGUGUCGUCCACAGGCCAAGGUGUUAUUGAUAAAGACACUCUUGGGCCCAUGAUGCUGGAGGCCCUGGACGGCUUCUUCUUUGUUGUCAACAUGGAAGGCAACAUAGUGUUUGUGUCGGAGAACGUCAGCCAGUAUUUGCGCUACCAGCAGGAGGAGCUGAUGAACACCAGCGUCUACAGCGUGCUGCAUGUUGGAGAUCACACCGAGUUCAUCAAGAACCUCCUGCCCAAGAGCCUGGUCAAUCAUCGCGAUUCGUCCAACAGGAACAGCCACACCUUUAACUGUCGCAUGUUGAUCAACCCUCAUGCUGACGGUGAAGCCCGGCUGACCUCGGAUCAGCAGGAGGCGGCGCAGCAGAAGUAUGAGACCAUGCAGUGUUUUGCUGUCUCUGAACCCAAGUCAAUCAGAGAAGAGGGGGAAGAUUUCCAGUCAUGUCUCAUCUGUGUGGCAAGAAGAGCCCCUGUCAAAGAGAGACCUGUGAUGCCCACGUAUGAGAGCUUCACCACACGCCAGGAUCUUCAAGGUAAGAUCACGUCACUGGAUACUAGUCAGCUGCGGGCAUCCAUGAAGCCAGGCUGGGAGGACCUGGUUCGACGGUGCAUUCAGAGGUUCCACCUGCAGAAUGAAGGGGAAAUGUCCUUCGCUAAAAAGCACCAUCAAGAGGUGUUGAGAAACAGCCAUGCGCUCAGCCCUCUUUACCGAUUCUCCCUGGCUGACGGCACCAUCGUCUCAGCGCACACUAAGAGCAAACUGGUCCGAUCUCCAGCAACAAAUGAACCACAGCUAUACAUGUCCCUCCAUGCCCUGCAGAGGGAAAACGGCAGCAUGACUGCAGACACAUCUGCCAGUCAGGCUAUGGCCAAACCAAUGACCCCGACCAGCAUGAGUGUGUCUUCUCCUUCUCCUGACGCCAGUGUCACCAGCAACACACACUACGCUGCCACAGCCUCCAGCAACCUUGGACGUGGUUAUGGAGCUAUGUCAGGGCGAGCGCCUACGCCUCAGGGAAAUAGCCAUGCACAAAAGCUGGGUAGCCCUUUAGCCUUGGGAAGCCCCAGUAUCACCUCAGGGGCCCAAGGUGCCAUGUUGUCUCCUCGUCAUCGCCAGAGCCCCAGCAUGCCAGCUAGCAGCAGCAGCUGUAGUAGUCCGCAUCUCCCCCAGCACCCCCCUGGCUCUUUCUCUCCUGCAGCCAGCCUCCGAUCGCCAGCCCCUGUGUGCAGCAGCACAGGAACCAACCAAGGGUUUAACUCUCUUAGCGCACUGCAGGCUCUCAGCCAGGGCCACAGGAUUUCCCAGGGACUCAGUGAAGGACAGCACCCAGAGUCCCCUGACAGAAAACCAGUCGGCCUUCAGAGCCCUCUUCACAGCUCCAACCCCGGUAGCCAAAAAGCCAAGAACAAUAUAAGCUUAGAGGUUGACCUAUUUGGAACUUUUCAGGAGCAAGACCUUUUGACAUCCCAGAACCAGGAAGGUGAUCAGGGGGAGGGAAGAGAUGGUGACCGGGAGAGUCUGGGUGACCUUAGUGAUGCGCCAAACCAACUUCUGAACACCAAAGGCCAUACCAAGCUGCUCCAGCUGCUCACCACCAAGUUGGAGCCCUCUGAUCCCUGCUCACCAACGGGUGCUUUCGGAGAUGACCAGCUCUGUAAGGACCAGCUUGGUGGUGUAGGUGGGGUGGGACAUAACAAUCACUCCACCUCUUUAAAGGAGAAACAUAAAAUUCUUCACAGGUUGCUGCAAAACAGCACCUCGCCCGUGGAGUUGGCCAAACUAACAGCUGAGGCAACCGGAAAAGAUCCCAUUGGUCCAGAGUCGGCCUCUGGAGACAGCAUGACCGCUCUGGGUGAACUCUGCACAAAACAGGAGCCAGGGAGCCCCAAAAAGAAGGACAAUGCAUUGCUUCGCUAUCUCCUGGACAGGGAUGAUAACAGCAUCCUGGAUAAAGCAAUCAAGAUAGAACCUGGUGAAGGACUGAAGCUCUCCAGCAUUAAGACUGAGAAACCAGAAACAGGCUUUAACAUGGAGCCACAGACCAAUGAGCUCGAGGACCUGUUGGAUAACCUGCAAAGUGGUGGCCAGGAGCAGCAGCCGCUGUUCCCCAGUCAACCACCGACCAGGGGUGCUGAUCCCUCGUCAUCCUCCUCCUCUUCUGUGCCACCUGCCUCCUCUGUCGACAAACAGACCAUCAUCUCUGACAUUCUGCAGAUGAAAGACAGCGGCAGCCCGCCCACCCAGCACAGACCCUUCCCUCCCAUCGGCCCCGCAACAGGCUUUAAUGGUCCCAGGCCCAGUCAUCCGGUUCAAGGUGGUCCUCCAAUAAGGAGCAUGUCUCUUGACAGCAGCAUGGGCCCCUCCCCUCACACCAACAGGCCUUUCCCUCCUCAGCACAGGAACAGUAGCCCAUACCACUUAAUGCAACAGCAGCAGCAACAAGGCAUGAUGGGACCCCACGCGGGCAUGGCUAACCAAGCUGCAAUGACUAACACAGGAAUGCGUGGCUCCAUGCAGCAAGGUUGGAGUCCCCAGAGGCCCAUGGGGGGCUCUGCAGGCCCAGUAAUGGGCCAGGGAGUUGGACCUGGUCGUAUGGUUCCCAACAUGAAUGCUGCACUCCCUGCAAGAGGCAGUGUUCCAUCUGGAUCCAGAGCCAUGGUUAAUAUGCAGAUGAUGAGCAACGAGAUGGACAUGGCUACGCCUCCUUACCCUCAGCAGCAGGCUCCACCUAAUCAGACUGCUCCUUGGCCAGACCGAAUGAUGAUGGAUCAUUAUGGAAAUCCAAGCAGGCCACCAUACAGUGUCCCCCAGGAGGAUGGCAUGGGGUGUUGCGGCACAGGGUCUGAGGGCCAGCCAGAUGAAGGCGCUCUGCUGAACCAGUUGUGUUCGGUGCUAAAGGACUACGAGGGUCUAGAGGAGAUUGACAAAAUGCUGGGAAUCCCCACAUUGGCAGGACAGGGUCAUCUGCCAGACCAGGACCAGUACCUGGGCUCCUCGGACCCAGCAGCUGGCAUGAAGCCUCCUCUCUACAGUCAACACUAUGCAGGUCAGGCAAGUUAUGGUGGCAUGCCUCCUGAUGGUGGUUAUCACGGCCAAUCUAUGGGAAGCCACAUGGGCGCUCAGAGAAUGCCGCACACAUGUUAUCCCCCAAUGAUGAGAAUGCCUGGAGGUGCAGGGCCGAGGCAGGCUGGCAUACGACCAGGGGGGCCUAAUCCUAUGAUGCCCCCACAGCCCAAUAACCUGAGGCUUCAGCUGCAGCACAGACUCCAGGCUCAGCUGAACCGACAGCCAAUGGUGAACCAGAUGGGUGGAGUCUCCAACAUGAAUCUACCUCUACGGUCUAAUGUACCAAACCAGGGAACCCUCAACUCUGAGAUGAUGGCCCAGCGGCAGCGCGAGUACCUCACCAACCACCUACGUCAACGCCAACAACAGCAGCAGCAGCACAUGCAGCAGCAGCGUGCCAUGAUGAUGCGCACUCAGGGCAUCAACAUGCCACCCAAUAUGCCCACUGGGGGCGCUGCUCCUACGCCAAUGCCCAUGGGCGGGACCAACCCACGGCUCCCGCAGGGCAACCCGCAGCAGUUCCCCUACUCGGCCUCCAGCUACGGUACAGGCCUGCCCUCUCCUCCUCAUCCAAGCUCCUCCAGCCCCUUCUCCUCCCCUCACUCCCCCAGCCAUCAUCUGGCUAGUCAGGGCAUGAUGGGAAAUGUGGGAGGGCAAUACAGAGGUGUAAUGAGUCCGCCAUCACACCACAGUCCCUUCCACUUCAGCAGUGCAGGAAUGAGCCAGCAGCAGCAGCAGCAGCAGCAACACCAGGAUCCAGUGUCCUGUUUUCCAUGCGGGGCCACCACGCCGCAGAGCUCCUUGCUGUCCCCCAGAAUGGGGCAGGGUCAGAGCCCUAUGUUGCAGCAAAACCAAGGUCCACCCCAAACCCAACACCAGGGUCCGAACCAGGGAGGACCUCCCAGCUACCAGCCUAGUGCCGACCUCAACGGAUGGCCUCAGCCUGCCAACAUCACCAGCAGCAACAGCGUCUACCCCCAACAGUCUCAGUCUCACUACUCCACACAACCCGGUGGAGGAAUGUACAGUGGCAACAACAACAUGAACCUUGCCAUGGGCAAUAAUAGCAUGAACCCAAUGUCUGGACAGAUGAGCUCCAUGGCCUCUAUGAAUACAGAACAGGGCAAUGAAAGCAGCCUUAUCCUGGAACAGAUAACAGGGAUUGACAUGCUGACUCAAGAGGGUGAAUCCAAUUCUAAUUUUUGCUGACCCCAGGCUGCAGUUGAGACGAGCAGUGAGGGAAUCCAUGCAAAAACACUGACACCCAUUCAGCUCAGCUCACAGAGACGUAUGAAGGACUUGAUGAGAACACUGCCCCUCUGUCACACCAGGCAACUCAGAGGCUCUAUAGCAUGAGGACAACCGAGACAUGUGCAAACUUCAGGACUACAUUCACAGUGGGUUUAGUCAUUGCUUAACAUUUUAUGCAAGCAAAAGUCUGACAUUACAGGGAAACUGCCAUCUGAACCAUCCUGACAGCAAAUGCCCAACGUGAGGAUAAUCCUGAAAACCCCCAGCUAUUUGUGGUUUUUAGGUUUUCAAUGUAACUUAUUCUUUGAUUGAUAUCAGCUAAUCAACAUGUGGUAUGUAUCUGUAAGCUGUAGUCAAAUCAAACACUGUAUUUACAGUAAUCAAACACUCAAGAGGACUUUUAAAACAGAAUUUUUCUAAAAAAAAUAGUUAAUAAAAGUACUGAAAGGUGUUCUGUGUAGCAUUUUUUAAAAAGUUUUCAAGCUUUGUUUUUCUUAUAGUUUAAAAAGAAGUUUGGAUAAGGAGGUUAUAUCUAGAAAUGAGAAAAUGUGGGUGUGUGUGCGUUUUUGGGGGGAUGCAAAUUUACAAGGAGGGAAAGAAAAGCAACCUUUACAUCUUAAAAUUGAUUUCAAUACCUAUGAUAUUCAGUUUUCCUGAAAUAUCCCCGGAUUUCCUCUACAAUUAAAGCGGAUGUUGUGAGGGUUUCAACAGUAAUAGUAUGUAAUCAGACACCGGUAGCACAUUCAGGGUUCAUUAGGAGAUAUUAUUUGAAUUGCCAUCAAGAAACGAGGUAAACUUCUCCACCUCUAGCAUUUUGCAGCAUGCUUUGUUGAGCUGGAGUUGAAUAGAGCAAGCAACAAACUUAUUCCUUGCACAUUUUGACACUUUAGUUAAAAAAAAAAAAGCAAAUUCAUGCUGUAAUUUUCACUUUUUAUUAUACUUCCUUAAAUUUUGGGCAAGUACUAAACAUGUCCAAAAAGAGAAGAAGCUUGUCUAUAAUGAAAAUGCUACAUAGAGCACCAUUUAAAAAUAGGUAAUUUGCAACUUGCUGAAUUAAAAUUUGUGUGGAGGUUAUUGGUCCCAAGUUGCCCAAGUUAACAUAGUCACACACACAGUGUUUGCUGUUUGAAUGUCCUCUGGUCAGAUCAGUGUAUUACCAGAGUUUUUUCUGAGUCUCUGAGGUAACUAUGAUGGAUUAAGUUUCUUGUGUGUGCGUGUGUGAAACUAAAACAUAAGUGGCAGGAUGAUGAGUAUAAAUGAAGCCUCUGGAUUAUAUCUUUUAUGGUUCGGUUUUGGAGCCUAAGUGAAAAUGACAAUGAGAAGGUUUAUGAAAGAUAUUUUAUGGUUAUUUAUAGUUUUAAAGAAGAUUUAGAGAUUCUUUCUAUGACGAAAAACAAAAGAAAACAAUCAAGAAUAUCAAGAAUAAAAAAAUUCUCUCAAAUGGUACAUGUUGAUGUCGAUUUAAAAUUAAUAUAUUUCAACUGCUGUAGUUACAGGGGACCUGUCUCCCCAUUUAAUGACUUUUUGAAUGAAAGUGAAUGUGUAUAGAUCGUGUACAUAGAUUUUUAAUAUCCUUUUUUGCCCCAAGUGGUAUUGUAAAGCAGCAGCUCGGAGUUUAGUUCAACAAAAAAUGAGAGCAGAAAUAUUUUGUUGGUUAAAUGAGCAUCAGUAGAUGAAGCUAAAGAAGCACUUAAAGUGAAAGUUUGUUCACUUUUCUGCCCUGUUUGCAGGCUAGCCCUUUAGCUUUCCCAGCUACAAAAUCACAAGCUAUUGCUAGAAUCCUGAAGCUAUUUUGACAAACUAGCUAACCUAUUUAGCUUUCCACUUAAGUAGCAAUAAUAAUAAUUUCUUUUUCUAGCUUUAAGAUCUUAGUUUUCAGUAUUUUUGUUUUUCUGGACUAACAAGGGUUUUGGUACAAAAAAAAACAAUUGGCCACUAUUAGCGUUAUAACAUCUUAAAUUAGAAUGGUAUCACGUGGCUAAAUGUUAGCGUUAGCAUUGAAAAUAACGCUAUUGUUAUUUUGAGCACAUUACUUUUUUCAGACCAUUCUUGUCAGAAAUACUUUUCCCCACUGAGAUUUAACCAGUGAGCUUAUUUCUGCCUCUAAUGCAGCUUUGCCUCUAAAUGAAAAGAAAAAUGUGUAAAAGUAGAAAAAGAAAAAAUCUCGAUGCUACUGCAGCUCAUUCUGAAAUGACCCUUCAAGGUCGUGACCUUGUAGCCUGCCAGAAUGUGUCUUGCACUGCAGGUGUGUAGUUGAAUCUUGGGUUGUGCUGAAGGGCAAAUUUAACUGUUUUUUGUGUUGAGUUUCUGUGGUUAAAGCUGUCAUCUUUAAGUCUCCAUACUGUAUGUACUGGUAAACAAUGCAGACAUUUUUUGCGCCAAGGAUAAAUCCUUACGUAAAUGAAGAACUAGAGCUAAAUUACUUUGUCUGUUUCGCAAAGUUAUAAUGUUUUCAAUCUAAAUUUCUAUAGACUGGACUUUUAUUUUCCACUUUGAUUCAAUCACUUUGCAAGGUACUGUUCAUUUAGGUGCUGUUUUGUGCGUGUGAGCUUGUAAUUGUGAACAAAACUGACUUUAACUGGCAACAUGUGUUUCUAGACUUCUUGGUCUGUUUGAUGUGAUCUGAUACUCUAACAACGACAAUAUGAUUGAGAGGGUGCGAAAAUACACACUGUAACACUGAAAUGAAUUUCACUGUAGCGCUUCUCACUUUGUUUCCACAUCAUAACAUUUUAGCCCCCAAAAAUGUUGGUGAACUGAUGAUGAACUGUAAGCCAUGAGUAUUCGAAUGUCACACAUUGAGGGAUGAAUGACCACCUACAGUAACUGCUAAUGUUUGAUUUCCUCGUGUGACGUGAGCCUGCACAGGUGGUCACUCAGAACAAAAUGGUUAUUUAUGGUUGCACUGUACUGGUAUUUAACCUGACUAACAUUGUUUUUGGUUUUAAUGGGUAUUAAGUGUUUUUUUUACAUUUUUAGCACGCCCAGUUAAGCACAUUGAGCUACUGUGGCCCAAGAAUUACUGAAGUAAUUCUAAUGCAGGGCCAUGUUUCUAUUCAAGAAAGGCAUCAUUUCUGCCUUUCAUAGCUGACAUAGUUCAAUAUUUGCCAAUAUUAAAAAAGCAAAACAAAAACCUACUUGUGGAACUGGAUAUUAUUUCGAAUGAUUUGUCGGAAGUGUUAAGUUUCCAUAUGAGUAUCUGUUCACACCGAUCUUACUUUUCAGCAACUUUAUCUUUAACUUCCCCCCCAAAAAGAAAAAUCUCUCGUUGUUUUGAAAUUGUCUCAGCACAAACAGUAGUGUGAGAACGAUUUAGUCUGAAAUUGGGCAAAUUUUAACUUCUGCUUUAUAAGAUCUGACACUUUUCAGUUCUCUGUGCUUGAGAAAUAAUUGGGGUGGAGGCUCAGUGUGAAGAGUUCCCAUCUUGGGGGUUUUACAUAGCACCACCUGUGUUUCAGCUUUACGCACAAAAUGUACAAUUUUACAAAAUGCAUGUUUGUCAGCCUGCAGAUCGGGGUUUGUGUCAGGACUUGUUUUCACCUGCUGUUUGUUUUGUAUUUAAAAUUUGGCUUUCAUUCACUGGUUUAGACAUAGCCACUAAAGACUGCUCGAUAGGAUUUAGCCACUAAAAACUAUUUAGUUAUGUUUGGUUAUUUUUUCAGUUAGCUUUAGAAAAAAGAUUGUGGUUUCUGUUAAAGCGCACCCUUCACAUGUUGGAAGUGACUGGUCAGUGGCCCUGAUGACAUAAAGCCAUGCAUCAGACACCAAAGGACACCUUACCUGUAAAUAAGAGACACCAGCAUAAUUUAAACCCUGGGAAUCAGAACAGGAAUCGAUAACCUCUGUAAUAGAACAGUCAUAUACCAGAUGACAUACAUCAGACAUAUGAAUUUCCCUUUUGGAUAAACUUAUUCUUAUAUAUGAGGGUAAUAUAUGAAAUCUAAGACCCUUUUUUUUUUUUUACCAUUUAACUAAAUUGAGUUUUUUUUGUUCAUUUAAGAUAUUUUAAUAUUUGAUGUGAUUUUACCUUCUUUGUAAUUAUGGCCAUUAUAUUUUUUUCUUUCUUUUUAUUUUGAUUCAAAAGGUUGAGACAGGAUCAACUGGUCUGUUAUGGAUGUAUUUUGUGAUUCUACCAGAAGGUGGCGCCAAAGUCACGUGUUUUAAAUGUACUUACGCGACCGUGGUCAUGCAAGAAACGUCUUACUUCUUGUGGGUUUUAAGUUUUGGGGAUGUUUAAAAGAACCAGUGGAAUAGUAAUCUCUGUCACUGGUAAAAUAACCCCUGAGUAAAGCUUCUGGGUCAACCCUAACACAUUUUUUCCUCCCCUUUCUUCUCUAAUGUCAGUAAAUCGACUCAUUUCCCCUCUAAGAGUCAUUUAAGGAAGUUACUUGCUCUGAUUUUCUUGGGUUCCUUCUUUCCACUUAUGAAAUGUGUCUGACAUCUUGAUAACCACGCAGUGGUAAAUUAGAGCAAAACAGAAGGAGAAUGCAUGUGUCGAAGAAUAUUUUUCUCAUCGCUAUUUGAAGUAUCCUCUCUACUGUGAUUAAACAUCUCAGCUGUGACACAGUCCAGUGCAUACAGUUCAUUAAUUAUUUUCUUAUGUAGAAGUCCGGACGUUCACACAUUUUUAUGCAAGCUGUCGACUCUAAUGUUGCUUUUGCCAAUGCUGCUUGUUAAUUUAUGAUUCAUGCCACUGUAAAUAAAUUAUUUUUACUGAA